AUGGUGGAUGGUGGCAGUGGGGCCAAGGUUAUGUACCCCGACCUCUACAAGGGGCUGGGGUUAAAACUGAAAGAUUUGAUGCCCUACAACUCUCCUCUGAUGAGCUUCAACGGGAAGCUUGUCAUUCCAAAGGGUAUGAUCAAGCUACCCAUCCAAACCGGCCCGAAGAUAGUGGAGGUGAACUUUAUCGUGGUAGACACCUACUCUCCCUACACAGCUAUCAUCGCUGCCGAGGAGGCAAAAUGCGAAGAUCUAGAUGAGGUGGUUAUUGGUGGUGACCUGGAGAAGUUCUUUCGGGUAGGGGCUCAACUGCCUCUUCAGGAGAAGGAGGAUUUAAUUGAGUUUCUUAAUAGGAAUAUUGACAUAUUUGCAUGGGAUGCCUAUGAUGCUCCCGGGAUUGAUCCAGCCUUCAUCUAUCACCAUCUCAAUGUCAACCCGUCCAUCACUCCCAAGAAGCAGCCGCCCCGUCGCCCAUCAAGAGAGCACGCCGAUGCGAAUAGGGAUGAAGUGGCGAAGCUUAAGCGUGUAGGGGCUAUCAAAGAGGUUUUUUACCCCGAAUGGCAAGUUUUUGGGCUACAUGGUUCUCAUAGGGGAAUUGAGGUUAACCUUGACCAUAUCAAGGCUAUAAAUGAUCUAAAACCACCACAAAAUGCCAAGGAGGUCCAAAGGCUUACUGGAAUGAUUGCAGCCCUGAAUCGAUUCAUUUUCAGGUUGGCGGAUAGAUGCAGACCAUUCUAUAUCUUGAUCAACAAGUGGAAAGGAUUUGAGUGGUCUGAGGACUGUAUUGUGGCCUUCCAGCAACUCAAGGAAUACCUAUCCCGACCACCCAUCAUAUCCAGUCCCGAAGCCGAUGAAGUUCUAUACGCAUACAUUGCUGUGGCCCCCCAUGCCGUGAGCUUAGUGCUAAUACGGGAUGACAAUGGCCUUCAAAAGCCAGCCUAUUAUGUGAGUAAGUCGCUACAUGAAGCUGAGAUCAAAUACUUACCCCUGGAGAAAGCCAUACUGGCCGUGGUCCACGCUACGAGAAAGUUUCCCCAUUAUUUCCAAGCCCACACAGUAGUUGUUCUAACCCAACUUCCCUUGAAGUCCGUACUUCGAAUUGCUGAUUACACUGGAAGGAUCCCUAUAUGGAGCACAAUCCUGGGAGCUUUUGACAUCAAGUACAUGCCUCGGACUGCCAUAAAGGGCCAGGUCCUAGCUGACUUGGUGGCCGAAUUUGCUGAACCACCAGUAGAAACAGUAGCAAAGGAGCACAACAUGGAUGGGAAAUCAGUUGGGGUAAUCUCUACGCCAGGACCCCCAUGUUGGAAGGUGUACGUCGAUGGCGUAGCAAAUCAAAGGGGGUCCGGAGUGGGGCUAGUCCUGAUAUCCCCUAAGAAGGCUAUCAUAGAGAAAUCCCUAAGACUGGGGUUCUCGGCCACGAAUAACGAAGCCGAGUAUGAGGCCUUGUUGCAAGGAAUGGCCAUGGUGCAGAAAAUGGGAGGAAAACCAGUGAAGAUGCUCUCGGACUCGAGACUAGUAGUGGGCCAGGUAAAGGGAGAGUUAGAAGCCAGAGACGCAAGGAUGCAAGAGUACUUAAGCCAGGUCAAACGCUUGCAGUUAGACUUCGAUCUUUUCUGCCUGUCACACGUCUCCAGAAGUGGAAACACUCAUGCAGAUUCAUUGGCCACGCUUGCUACCUCCUCGGCAGGGGGUAUGUCUCGAAUUAUUCUUGUCGAGCAUCUGGAUAAAGCAAAUGAAGUAGCAAAAGGUAUGGUCCAUAUCCAUGAGGUUAGAGUGGGUCUUAGCUGGAUGGACCCUAUAGUGAGGUUCCUCAAAGAUGAUGUCCUGCCCAAGGAGAAAUCAGAGGCUGAAAAAAUACGAAGAAAUGCCCCUUGGUUCUGGUUGUCCAAGGAUCACAAAUUGUAUAGGCGCUCUUAUUCUAGGCCAUAUUUACUGUGUAUUCACCCAGAAGCAUUAGAGUUAUUGCUUGAAGAGCUACACGAAGGGAUUUGUGGGAGUCACACAAGAGGAAGAUCUCUGUCGUAG